AUGGACUCCUUUGAAGUGGCCAGUCAAUUCACGACUAUACUUAGAAACCUAACUCCACAGUAUCAACAGCUAACUAAAGCCACUUACUUUGCUUUGAAGAAUGCUGACAAGGAAGAUUACAUAGUACCGACGAUUUUGACAGUUAUUGAAGAUCCCAAGUUAGACCUUAAUACGAAACUGACUAUUUUCCAGUUUAUUGAGUUGCUCAUUGCUGAAAGCUUUCAGAAUCAAACAAAGUUUAAUAAUGCUUAUCUUGAAAGCUUGAAAACUGCCUUGCCUCAGAUUAUUGAAAACAUAUGUCCCAAAGAAAACUCGGCGAAUUUUCAAAAUGCAUAUCAGAGUUUGAGCAAUAUUUCUAGACAUUUCAACAUUGAUUGUAGAGAGUAUCAAGUGAAUUUCCAACAAGUGUCUUUAACAAAGGAGGAUAUGACAAUCUUGGACCAAGAGGGGGGAGAAAAUGCACUGUGUGCAUUGAAAUUGCAAGAGAAUGGAGAAAAUGUACCGGGUCCAUCAAAGUUUCAAGAGAAUGGAGAAAAUGUACUGUGUCCAUCGAAAUUUCAAAUUCUAGAUACUGAUGAUUCUUUAGUGUCUGCUUGGAAGACCCUUUUAGAGAAAAAAAGGCAUACACAAAUUGAGAGAUACAAAUUGUUGAAGAGAUGCGAGUUUGUGGACGAAAACGUAACUGAAGAUCAACUAUUCAGUAUGCGAGAUAAAUCCGAUAUGACCAAGCCUCACCUUUUAACAAAACGACAAAUCAUCUCACGAAUGGAAGACGAAAGAGAGAGUCAUAAGCGAUCAAAAGAGAAUAUAUGGUGCGUAAAUCGUGAUAGAAAUACAAAAUUCAUUAGUGAGGAUGAGUUUGUAGAGUAUUACUGGGACAGAUACCAUAAACUAAAUAGAAAGGAUUAUAACGAAUUCUUGAACAACCUUCAAGAUUUGAAUAUCAUGGCGCUAAAAAGUUACAAGGAUGAGCAAUUUGUAUAG